ACGCGCCCGCCCUUUUCCGACCAUCGACGCAGAGAGCUCGGGGACAGCAGCGCGAGCUGGACACGCACAAACAACCUCGUUCAGCCGUGGAGUGUCGAACAAGGGACGGGGAUACAACCAUGACGGAGGCGGCGGGCGCCGGAGACUCCGCGCACGAGUUUCCAGCCCAUUACAAAGUCAUGCUGGAUAAACUGAACGAGCAGCGGCAAUUGGACCAGUUCACCGACAUCACGCUGAUUGUCGACGGGCACCAGUUCAGAGCCCACAAAGCUGUGCUGGCGGCCUGCAGUCAGUUCUUCCACAAGUUCUUCCAAGAUUUUACUCAGGAGCCGCUGGUGGAGAUCGAAGGUGUGAGCAACACGGCGUUCCGUCACCUGAUGGAGUUCACUUACACGGCGAUGCUAGCGGUGCACGGGGAGGAGGAGGUGACUGAUGUCUGGAGAGCUGCAGAGUACCUUCAGAUGCAGGAGGCCAUCAAAGCCUUAAACAACAGGAUGAACGGAGUCACCACAUUAAGUACAGCCCAGGUGCAUGCUGGGAAGAGCAAAGCCAAGAAAAGGAAGAUCGCAGAGACUUCCAACGUGAUCACGGAGACACUGCCGUCGGCGGACACGGAAACGGUGGAGAUUGAGGUGGAGGUUGGUGAGGAGACUCUGGAGGUGCAGGAGGACGUCCUGGAGGAGGUGGUGGACGCGGCCGGAGGAACUCCGCAGUCUUCCUCGGACGACUCAGCCUUGGCUCUGCUCGCUGACAUCACCAGCAAGUACCAGCAGGGGGAGCAGGUGGUGCAUGUUGUGAAGAGGGGCGAGGAGGAGGCAUUGGUGGCUGCCAGGACGCUGGAGGGCAUGGAGCUGGUGGAGGUGCAGCUGGACAUGUUCCGCUGUGACAGGUGUGAGCGCAGCUUCAAGCUCUUCUACCACCUGAAGCAGCACAUGAAGACGCAUGCAGCCGGUCUGGAGAAGCCCUUCGUGUGUAAGCACUGUGGGAAGACGUACGCGCGUGAAGGAGCCCUCAAACAGCACCUUAGCAGCUACCACUUCGACGCAGAAGAACAGUCACGCAGGCAGAAGAAAAAGGUGCACGUCUGUGUGUACUGCAACAAGGAGUUCGACCACUUCGGGCACUUUAAAGAACACCUGAGAAAACACACAGGUGAGAAGCCGUUUGAGUGUCCUGACUGUCACGAGCGCUUUGCUAGGAACAGCACGCUCAAGUGCCACAUGUCCGCCUGCCAAAACGGAUCAGGAGCCAAGAAGGGACGCAAGAAGCUCUACGAGUGUCAGGUGUGUAACGAGGUCUUUAACAGUUGGGAGCAGUUCAAGGACCACCUGGUGAUCCACACGGGCGACAAGCCCAACCACUGCACCUUCUGUGACCAGUGGUUCACGCAGCCGCGCGACCUGAGUGAUCAUCUGCAUGAGCAGCACGGCUUCCAGGAGGAACUGGUGAUGGCGGACUCCACCACCGUGCUGGCCGUGGCCGGGGUGGAGGAGGGCGAGGACAGGCUGGUGCUACAUGACGGCAUGCGGGUGGAGCACGUCACCGUGGAGCCGGUGGACGUGGUGACCGUCGAGGAGGCCGUGGUGUUGGAGGAGGGGUCAGCACUGCAGGCCCGCCCUCGGGGGGUGGGCGAAGGGGAGGCGGUGUUGAUAGAGGUGGAGGAGGCGGGGCUAAAAGAGCAGACGGUGGAGGUCCAGCUGGAGCAUGUGAUGGAGGUGCAGCCUGUGGACUCAGACUCACAUGGACAAGAGCACACAACAGAGGAGCAGAAGGUUCAGGGUGUGGCUGUAUGAAAACUCUGCCCUGGGGGCGUGGCUCCUGGCAUUGGCGUAGAAAAUGAACUGUGAUAUUUAUUUAUGAAGUAAGUUCUCUGAAGGAACCGUGUUGGGACGGCAGGCGGGCGUCUGCGUUGGGGGCAGCAACAUCCUGUUUCAUGUUGGGCUGUUUGGUUCUUUGGUUUUUUGGUUUUUUAAGAAUUUGCUUGGAAACCUUGUUGAGAAGACGCAUGUUAAUUCAGUUGAUUUGGUGAGAACUUAUUUUGAACAUGUAGAAACUGCACAAGAACGCCUCUACUCAGAACGUUAAUUUAAGGAAAUAAAAUAUGUUUGCUAGGCGGGGCGGAAAAGUACAUAUUUUUGUAAGAACUGAGAUUUUUGUCUGUAUAUUGCAGAGUGUUGCUGUUCUACGCUUGUGUCUGAAUGAGCAUAAGGGCUCAAGCAGAGGUACACAGGAUUCAGACGGGUGGAGCUGAUGGGUGGGGCCGUCCCCUACAGUUGUGGUGAGGGGUGGAGCUGAUGGGUGGAGCCGUCCCCUACAGCUGUGGUGAGGGGUGGAGCCGUCCCCUACAGCUGUGGUGAGGGGUGGAGCCGUCCCCUACAGCUGUGGUGAGGGGGUGGAGCCGUCCCCUACAGCUGUGGUGAGGGGUGGAGCCGUCCCCUACAGCUGUGGUGAGGGGUGGAGCCGUCCCCUACAGCUGUGGUGAGGGGUGGAGCCGUCCCCUACAGCUGUGGUGAGGGGUGGAGCCGUCCCCUACUGCUGUGGUGAGGGGUGGAGCCGUCCCCUACAGCUGUGGUGAGGGGUGGAGCCGUCCCCUACAGCUGUGGUGAGGGGUGGAGCCGUCCCCUACAGCUGUGGUGACUAACACCCAAUGUCCUGCUACGUCUGCUGACCUACUAGGAUCAACCUCUCUCUCUCUCUAAUGGAUAUUCAGUUUUCUGGAUUUUCAGAAUUCUGUCUGUCUGUGUUUUUCACUAUAUGAAAUUGUUAUUAAUUUGUACAGAGCAAUAAAAUGCCAAAACAGCA